ACAUCCCUUGAAGACUCUUCGUCCCUCUGCACAGAAGUUGCAACCAGAAAUGAAUGAGACCUCUGGACCUUGGCUGUGCAUUGCAUAUGUUGUAUAGCAGCACAGUGAUGCUAGUUGGCAGAAGGGGACUUUGAUCUUGAUUGGCAACCCUUGCUGUGCAUACCUAUAUUUAUUUAUUUUUAACCACCUGCCAUGGCCAAGCAUGCCCAAGGAGGGUCUGCGGAGGAGCUCAACAUGAUCUCGGAUGAGGAGCUGCUGAGGUGGAGCAAGGAGGACCUCAUCAAGAAGCUGAGGAAAGUGGAGACCGAGAAGAUGAACUUGAUGGUGGAGCAUGGCAAUCUGAUGAAGGAUGUGAACAGGAGGCUGCAGCUUCACCUGCAUGAGAUCAGGGGCUUGAAGGAGGUCAACCAGAAACUUCAGGAUGACAACCAGGAGCUCAGGGAACUCUGCUGCUUCCUGGACGACGACAGGCAGAAGGGCAAGAAGCUGUCCAGGGAAUGGCAGAGGUUUGGCCGGCACACGGCUAGUGUAAUAUGGAAGGAGGUGGGAGCUUAUCAGCAGAAGCUAAAGGAGCUAGAGGCCAAGCAGGAGGCUCUCCUGAGGGACAACCUGGAGCUGAAGGAGAUAGUCCUCAUGCUGGACGAGGAAAGGAAUGGAGCUGGUUCCAGGAGUUCAAUCGACAGCCAGACCAGCCUCACCAACCUCAACGGGGGUUCUAGUACCAGGGAUGUAGGCGAUGGCAGCAGCACCUCCAGCACAGGCAGCGCAGGGAGCCCUGACCACCACCACCACCACCAUCACCAUAAACCGGUGGAGAACACCAAGUCUGGGACCAUCAGGAGAUCUGCAGAUGACCUUUCCACCAUAUCCCACCACAGGAGUAUUCCUAAUGGACUGAAUGGUAAGUGUUCACCCAGUCAUGGCUGCCCGUGGCAGUAA